ACUUGGAUUAUCACUUGCUUUUGUCUUCAACUGCUCCUACUUAAUCCUCUUGUCAAAGCCCAGAGUUCCUGCGGGAAUCCAGUGACAGAUGAUGUGAAUGAUAUUGCAAAAUUGGUUGGAAAUCUCCCAAAUGAUUAUAUGAUAACCCUUAAAUAUGUCCCGAAGAUGGAUAGUCUGCCUAAUCACUGUUGGUUGCAUUUGAUGGUGCCUGAGUUUUCAAGGAGUCUACAUAAUCUUCUCCAGAAAUUUUCAGAUAUUUCAGAUAUGUCUGAUGUUUUAAGCAACUAUUCAAUCAUCAAUAAUCUCACAAGGAUAAUUAAUGAUCUUAUGGCAUGCCUAGCUUUUGAUAAAAAUAAGGAUUUUGUAAAAGAAAAUGGUCACCUUUAUGAAGAAGGUCGCUUCAUUCCUGAGGAUUUUUUUAGGCACUUUAAUAAUACCAUUGAGGUCUACAAGGAGUUUGCAGAUAUAUUGGAUAAGAAUGACUGCAUUCUACCUUCAACAGUAGAAACACCAGAGAAUGAUUCCAGAGUCGCUGUCACAAAAACAUUUUUGUUUCCUCCUGUUGCUGCCAGCUCCCUUAGGAAUGACAGCAUUGGCAGUAACACUAGCAGUAACAAGGAGGCACUUGGCUUCAUUAGCAGGUCCAGCCUGCAAGGGAUCAGCAUAGCGCUGACAUCGUUGCUGUCUCUUCUUAUGGGCUUUAUUUUGGGAGCCAUAUACUGGAAGAAAACACAUCCCAAAACCAGACCAGAAAAUGGUGAAACUACACAGUGUCAUGACUGUCAAGAGGAAAAUGAGAUAAGUAUGUUGCAGCAAAAAGAAAAGGAACAUCUACAAGUGUAG